AUGAGUGGCGCCUCCAAUGCCUUUCAAUACCAGCCAAUCCCCACUGUAAGUACCGACAGCUGGCGUAGUACUUCCUCCACCAACGUUGGUAAUAGCGGGCCUCCAUUCGGACAAUACCCGCAUCAUCAGAGCACUUCCACCUCCACUAUCGAAGAGUCGGAACGUUUGCAAGCAGUGACAUCCGAAUGGGAUGGUCUCAAGGAGCAACUAGAAACGUUCCUGGCUACUACGACAACUGAAACCACCACAAGCAGCAGCAGUGCGUCCAUUCCCCAAGAGACUCCAGCAGGUGCACGGACAGCGCACCUUCCCAAUCCAGAAAACACAGAGUUGCAGUCGGAUCCCAAUCCACAGCCAAGAACUCAAGUCAAUGCACGACAAAAUGAUCAAUAUGAUUUCUUGCGCAUAGCGGCACCGCUGCCCGCUGACAGUCCGGACCAUUGGAUGGAGGAGCAUCGCAUCUUGCCACACAAGACGCUGAAUCAAACGGCCGACGGUGAAGCAUACAUGCAACAACUGGUAUCCAAUCAGGAUGACUAUCAACGAAGGACACACUUCUACCGAACCCCACACACGAAUUCCGUCACGGAGUAUUGGCAACGGCUGUUGGAAGAACGGGAGCAAGCGGAACGGGACAUACGAAUGUUGGACGAGUUGCAACAAAAGGAAGCUCGGGUGUUGGAGGAAACGGGGCGUGUCAUGGGAGAAUUGCAACAGAAGGAACAGGUCCUCAAGGAGAUCCUUGCGGAAUUCCAAGAGUUGCAACAGCUGCAACAGGAAAAGAUGGAAGAGCUACGACAGGUCAAGGAAGAGAGAAAAAGACUGGCUGCACAGAGGCAAGGACAACGACAACGUGGCUGGACGGUCAGGUAA